AUGAUUGACAGCUUAUAUGCCACAGCGGGCUUCCAAUGCUCGAAUUUGAGAGACCAUGUCUAUGCGCUGCUCAGUCUGCCUCUGACCAGCAGUGGACUGGAGCCUAACUACAGCUUGCCCGUGACGGAUGUGUACAAGGAGCUUGCUAAUAGAGUUUUGGCGGUUGAUCAGAACCUGAAGAUGCUGGCUCUUGCUCCGCAUAAUGCCAUGCCGCCCUUCAGUGGCCCCUUGGAAAGGCUCGAUCUUCCAUCGUGGAUCCCCGAUCUCUCUGCUCAGGGGUCCAUCAAUCAUCUCGUAUCGUACACAAUUCGGGAUCAGCUGUUUAACGCAGGAGGAUCUAAUGCAUCGCCAAUCACCAUCACAAAUGACGGGCGCUCGCUGAACCUCAAGGGACGGAUCGUUGAUAAAAUCAUGCUCAUGGCCACCUGUUUCAACGAUAUACCCAUACCAUCGGAGGAGGACAUCGCACCAAAACAGGGCCUUCCUUCCAGGAUCAAGAUGUGGAUCCGGAACUGGCUCUUGGAAAGCAGAAAGCUUGCCUCCAAAGGCGACUGGGAUAACUGGUCACCAGAACAGAAGCGAGAUUUCGCAAUCACGAUGAUGUGUGGCAUGACCGGGAUGAGAGAUGCGCUCCCGGAGGAGGUUAUCGCCAACUUCGACAUAUACAUGGAAUACCUCAUCGGAUUCUUUACACCUGAUUUCAAGCUUACGGAGGAGGUCCGUGAGGCAAUGCUGACAUAUGGCUGCCUCAUUGAGCACCCGUUGCUGAGCAUGUCCGCUGGUCGACGAUUUUGUGUCACACACGACGGUCGAAUGGGGAUGGUUCGGAGAGAGGCAGUCGCGGGCGAUUUGUUUUGUGUCAUUCUGGGGGCUGAGGUGCCUUACGUUGUACGUCCAACGGGCAAGGGGUCUUACGAAUUGAUUGGAGACUGUUUCCUACAUGGCGUAAUGGAUGGUGAGACCUUGACGGACGAUCGUUACGAGACAGUCGACAUUGUACUUGAGUAA